GGCGCGGGGCACGCUGGGAAGGGGACUCCAAAAUGGACAACCACCGGGAUGCUCCAGGGAAGGCCAGCCGCUGGUUCGGGGUGUCCCAGUCCAAGGCAGCCAAGACGAGUGUGAACAUCCUGCAGCAGGAGGAGCUCAUUGCCCAGAAAAAGCGGGAGAUCGAGGCCCGGCUGGAGCAGCAGGCGAGGCAGAAUUCCCUGAGCAUCCCCAGGCUCCCCCUGCUUGGAGACGAGGAUGGAUCCGAAGGCGACGCCUCCGUGUCCAACAAGUUCGUGAACGACGGGAGUUUCCUGCAGCAGUUCCUCAAGCUCCAGAAGGAAAAGUCGAGUGCUGAGCCCCCCCCGAGCUCCAGCAGCAGCAGCAAUCCCGGCCACGCUCCGGCCCCGAGCUCUGGGAAGCGGCUCCCCGGGAAGCGGCAGCUCCUGAGCCGGAUGCUGCACCAGGCCCGGAGCCUCCCCCAGCCCCGGCCCGGCCCCGGCCUGGCCCUGGACAGCGUCUUCCAGGGCCCCGACGAGGACGACGACGAGGACUACGAGCAGUGGCUGGAGAUCAAAGUUCUGCCCCCAGAGGACGUGGAGACCCGGGAGGUGGUGGAAAAGCUGGCCAGGUUCGUGGCUGAAGGGGGCCCCGAGUUAGAGAAGGUCGCUAUGGAGGACUACAAGGAUAAUCCGGCUUUUUCGUUUUUGCACGAUAAGAACAGCAGAGAAUUCCUUUACUACAGGAAGAAAGUGGCUGAGAUAAGAAAAGAGACUCAAAGCUCUCAGGCAUCCUCUUCCCAGAAAGUUUCACCCCCAGACGACGAAGAGACGAGGAAUUCGGCGGAAAAGGCUGGCCAAGUUUGUGGCAGCCGGGGGGGCCCGAGGCGGAGGCAAUUGCCCUGCAGAACACACAGAGAGAACCCUGCUUUCAGGUUUUUGUACGAGCCAAACAGCAAAGGCUACAAGUAUUACAGGCAGAAGCUGGAGGAGUUCCGGAAGGCCAAGGCCAGCCCUGGCUGUGCCCCUUUCCCUGGAGAGCCCAGCCUGAAAAGGAAAACCAGCCCCGAGGCCUCGCCCUCCCCUCUGUGCUUCCCCUCCCUGCCCCUGCCCCUUCCCUCCCCGCUGCCUCUGCCCCUCCCCUGGCCCCGUCCCCUUCCCCUCUGCCCCUGCCCCUGCCCGUGCGCACACACCAAGAAGAAGCGGAAGAGCCGGUGGGGGCCGGAGGAGGACAAGGUGGAGCUGCCCCUGCCACAGCUGGUGCAGCAGCUGGACUCUCCCUCCCCUCUCUCAGUUCAGGACCUGAAGGGCCUUGGCUACGAGAAGGGGAAGCCCGUGGGGCUGGUGGGGGUGACUGAGCUCUCCGAGGCCCAGAAGAAGCAGCUGAAGGAGCAGCAGGAGAUGCAGCAGAUGUACGACAUGAUCAUGAAGCACAAACGGGCCAUGCAGGAGAUGCAGCUGAUGUGGGAGAAGGCCAUCCAGCAGCACCAGCAUGGCUACGACAGCGACGAGGAGGUGGACAGCGAGCUGGGCACCUGGGAGCACCAGCUGAGGCGCAUGGAGAUGGACAAGACACGAGAGUGGGCCGAGCAGCUGACCCAGAUGGGCAGAGGGAAACAUUUCAUCGGGGAUUUCCUCCCGCCCGACGAGCUGGAGAAGUUCAUGGAGACCUUCAAGGCGCUGAAGGAGGGCCGGGAGCCGGAUUACUCGGAGUACAAGGAGUUCAAGCUGACCGUGGAGAACAUCGGCUACCAGAUGCUCAUGAAGAUGGGCUGGAAGGAAGGAGAGGGGCUGGGAUCAGAGGGGCAGGGCAUCAAGAACCCCGUCAGCAAGGGAACCACGGCUGUGGAUGGGGCUGGAUUCGGGAUCGACCGCCCUGCUGAGCUCACCAAGGAGGACGACGAGUACGAGGCCUUCCGCAAGAGGAUGAUGUUGGCCUAUCGCUUCCGACCCAACCCCCUGAACAACCCACGGCGACCUUAUUACUGAGGAGGCUCCAGGGCCGGGCUCUGGGAGAGGAGUUUUGCUCCCUGACUGUGAAAUGUUACGGAACCGCUUCAUCCAUCCCUUCCUUCCCGGUAUUGUCCCAACUCCCCGAGGCCACAGCACCCCCCUCAUCCCAGGGGAAAGGCCUGGGAGCCCUCCCAGGUGCCCCCACAGGGGACAGGGACGGGGGUUUUCGGGGAGGGAACGUGGCAGGGCAGCACCAAAGAUCCCACAGGAGGAGUUCAGGGGACUCCCCCAUCCGUGCUCCCGCCUCCCCAAGGAGCGUGGGGGUGGUUUUUUUGGGAUAACAGCUGGUCUUUCAUUGUCCAGACUCGAAGCUUGUGCUGCUCUGGGGUUGUUUUUCUGUUCUCCCCCUGGAUUUUAUGUUUAAAUUUCCCACCCAAGGGACUGUGUCCUCCCCCCAGAGCAGGGUCAGGACGUUGUUCAGACGGUGCCAGAGGUCUGACCUCCAGCUGACAUUGCACCCCAGUGCCUCUGUUUUCCCUCUGCAUGGGGUGGAUCAUGGAUUCCAGGAUUUUAAAGGGGGUGCAGGGGGAGUUCACUCCACCCCAGGGGUCCCAACCCCCUCGUUUUCUGAGCACUACCAGAGACUUGCCAACAACACACCUCCCGUGCUCUGGAGGGGGAGGAAGAGGAACCAAACCCUCAACCACAGUUUGUCAAAGGCCAUUAAUUUGGGUUUUGUUGUCGUUUAAAAGAAAAAACACAAAAAAACCAAAAGGAACCUCUGAACUAACGAAUUUUCUUCGUCGAGUCUGUAAAUAAAAUAAAACUUGUUUGUUCCUUACUUUUAAUGGGAGGAUUUUCGGGAAGAGAGGGGCUCCUGUGGGUUUUCUCAGGUCGGGAGGUUGCUCUGGAGCUCUUUGUUCCAAGGAUUUUGGGGAAAACCAAGUUGGAGUGGGUCGAUUUGGCUCCUUCUCUGAACACUUUGGGGGGUGAUUCUGUUUGACUUCCCUUAACGACCUCCAGUUAGCUCUCAAUAAAAACACCCCGAGUGGUC